AUGCUGAAGUCCACCCCGUUAGGACCGCUUAUAAGGGAGGCAGCUCUGGAACCAGCAGAGGCCCUAUUAGAUAGUAAACAGCGGCGGUAUGCCCUGAGACUCCUAGGACUUCCCCAGGGGCAUCCAGCAGCAGAAAUACUCCCUAUAACGCUUAGGGAGGGAGACGCCCAUGCACAGCCUGGAGAGCAGCCACUAGAAGACCGAGCUUGGGCAACACCAACCCGCCGAGGCCCCUGGAAGCUGGGCAUGGGCCUGGCCCGCAGGCUACGAGAGGCCUUGACCGCCGACCCCUCCCAGGGCUUUGAGCGUACAAUAGAGCCUGGUAAUAGGUCUAUACCACUAGAUUUCAGGAUAGACUCCCCUGAAACCGCUAUGCAAUUAGCCUCAGACCCCCUAAGUGGGAUAGGGAACACCGACCUUUACUCAGACGGUUCUAGGUUAGACGAUCAGCGCGUAGGCGCUGCAGUAGCUUAUAAGCCACUUAUUGGCCCCUGGAGGUCGCGCCUAGCUCCCCUGGGCGCAGGCUUCGAAGUCUUUGAUGCAGAACUAAUAGGAGUAGUCGAAGCCCUAGAGUGGGCGCUGGCAGAGAAUCUUAUAGGGCCAAUUAGGGUGUUUUUAGACGCCCAGGCCGCUAUAAGCAGGCUCCAGCAUACCCGGCCUGGCCCAGGGCAAGCCCUAGCGCUGCGGGCACACGACCUAGCCGGGGAACUACAGGCCACCGGCCGCAGGGUUACCAUAUGCUGGGUGCCAGGCCAUAAAGGGGUCCCAGGCAACGAGGAGGCCGAUAAGGCCGCUAAGAAAGCUGCAGGGAGGCCCUGUACAGGCAAGUACUCAGGCAUCUCACUGGCCCAUGCCCGGCGGGCAUGCACCGAGACUUAUAGCGCUAUCAAGGCCAACUGGCUCACUGCAAAGCUUGCAAGACGCACCCAACAGGUAGGCCAGGCCUACCAACCCCCCCGGGGAUGGAAGCUUGACCCAAUAGUGGCAAGCACCCCCAAGCACCUGGCGCGGCGGUAUUACCAAUUCAAGACCGGCCACACCCCAAUCGGGGCCUAUCUGCACCGAAUCAAGGCCCGAGACUCCCCUAAUUGCUUGGGGUGCUCUAGGGGGACUGAGACGGUAAGACACCUUCUUACAAACUGUCGACAGUGGUGCCACCAGCGGGAAAAACUAUAUGCCGGCUUGGCCGAAGCGGGGGUAAAGGCCCCGCAGGAUAGCGAGCAGUGCCCCGAAGCACGCCUAUUCCAGGACCCAAAGGCCACUACAGCGCUGCUGGCGUUUAUAGGGGCCAUUAGGGAGCGAGAGGAUAACCAACAGGCCUGGGAGCAGGCCUAUAAGACUGAUAAUUGGGGCAUUGAGGCCCUGGAUGAGGGAGAGCGAGAGGGGGAAGGAUAG